AAAUGGAGGGAGCGCAGCAGGCGUUGCCUGUAGAGACCCUGCCUCUGGGAUCACACAGUUCAGAGUUUCUGAGGACUCGGAGAACUGGAAGGACCUGCGGGAUCAGAAAGCAGCUCAGACCUCUGGAAAAAAGUGAGCCUCAGCGGGGCACUCUGCCAAACACAGGACCUGGGAGGAGGGACUCCCCGCAUGCAGCUGCCGAAGGGCAGCUCGGUGUGCGGGUUCAGUUAAGCGUCUCAGCCCAGCAGGCUGGGGAUCAGACCAAUAGGCACACUUCUCAAGACCACAGUACCCAGAAGAUUAAGGGACCUGCCAAGAUGUUCCACUUACACAGCCCACAACUGCUGCAGAUGUUAGAGAAAUCCUUGAGGAAGAGUCUCCCUGAGUCCUUAAAGGUUUACGGGACCGUCUUCCACAUGAACCAGGGAAACCCAUUCAAUCUAAAGGCCCUGGUGGACAAGUGGCCUGAUUUUAAGACUGUGGUUAUCCGCCCUCGCGAGCAGGAGAUGGCAGAUGACUUUGAUCAUUACACCAAUACCUACCAAAUCUAUUCUAAGGAUCUCAACAACUGUCAAGAGUCCCUUACCACUUCAGAUGUCAUCAACUGGAAACAGCAUUUGCAGAUCCAAAGUUCACAGUCCAGUCUGAAUGAGGUGAUACAGAGUCUUGCAGCCACUAAAUUUGUUAAGGUCGAGCACACACAGUGCAUUCUCUAUGUGACGCCUGAGACAGCGAGGAAACUUCUUCCUUCCCUGCUAGAGACAAAGAACUUACAUGUUGGAUACGGCACACCCAAAGCCAUUAAUGAGGAGAUGUUUAAGCUCUCCUCCAUGGAUCCUACCCAUGCCGCUUUGGUGAAUAAAUUCUGGCAUUUUGGCGGCAACGAGAGGAGCCAGAGGUUCAUCGAGCGCUGUAUCCGGACCUUCCCCACCUUCUGCCUGCUGGGGCCCGAGGGGACCCCCGCCUCCUGGUCCCUGAUGGACCAGACGGGAGAGAUCCGGAUGGGGGCCACGCUGCCUGAGUACCGUGGCCAUGGGCUCAUCUCCCACAUGCUGGCUGUCCACACCCGGGCUCUGGACCAGCUUGGCAUCCCCGCGUAUAACCACACAGACAAAGCCAACAAAAUCAUUCAGAGAAUCAGCCACAACCUGCAUCACAUCGCCAUCCCCUGUGGGUGGAACCAGUGGAACUGUGAGCCGCUGUGAAGUGGACCUCCCCUCAAGACAGUGCUGGGUGGGCUGGACACGCGGCCAGAGAGGCAGAGGGCUGGGCGGGAAGGAAGAAUGAAGCGUCAUCCGCGGGGAAGCAGCGUGGGCUGUUUGGGGUGGGAGAGUGGUGAGCGGUCAACAGGACCCCAGAGUCCCUGCUCACUGCUCCCCCAUGGACUUCCCUUUGGGUCCUGCACAGCUUCCUGCUUCCUCCACAUUCCAAGCCUGGCACCCACCACACUGUUCUGUGCUUGCAUGAGUUCAACGUUUUUUUCUUUUUAAGACCCCAUGUGUAAAGAGGGAGGUGAUAUAUGUAUAAUUAUGGCUGAUUUGUGCUAUCGUAUGGCAGAAACCAACACAACAUUGUAAGGCAAUUUUCCUCCCAUUAAGAAAUAAAUUAAAAAAAUAAAGUUAAUGCUUUGAAGAAACGUUAAAAAAAAUGUCUAAG